AUGUCGCAACUCGCCGAGCAGCUCUCUCCGCCGAACAGCGCCGGCAGCGCGUUUGAAGAUGAGGCCAAUGCGGUGACCGCCGCGGCCGCGGCUGCAGCAAGCAUUGUCCGUGACCUCAGUAUUCUCAAUGACAAGUCAUACGCCCUGCACCACUUGCAACAAAGCCACGACACAGGUUGCGUCACCCCUGUGCUGCGCCUUACACCACAAAUGCAUCGACGCAUCUACUAUGAAUUUCUCGAGUACGCCCCUUUGCUCGACUCGAGCUGCAUGGACAUGCGAUCCUGGUCGCGCAUCGCCGAUGAUAUCUGCCGCUUCUAUGACAAAUACGACGGCUUUCUCAUCAUUCAUGGCACUGAUACGAUGACGUACACAGGUGUGAUUGAACGCCGCGAGCUCAUUCAUCGUCCGACGGAGAUUGAGCGCUUUCGCGUGUCGGGGGCUUUGGACCCCAAUGUCUGCGUCAUUCGAAUUUUUCCCGGCAUCACGGCACAGGCUCUUCGUGCGUUCUUGGCCCCACCCAUGCGAGGUGCCGUUCUUCAGACCUAUGGUGCCGGCAAUGCACCCGACGACCGGCCUGAGUUGUUUGAGCCCUUUCGCGAGGCUACGGCGCGAGGCUGCCUCAUCAUCAACUGCACACAGUGCAUUCACGGCAACGUCACAGACUCAUACAAGGCCAACGAAGAAUACGAGCAGAUUCGCACGGCUCUGCAGCCACUCCUCAUGUGCACAGCUGCCAAUCGCGGUGAUUUGGUCUGGCUCAAGGAGCUUCAUGUGGGUGACAAACUGGCUUCAACUCUCACCCCCGCCAGGGAGGCGGGAAACAAAGUGAUUCAACCAUUAAGCCACGUGCGCUAA